AUGGAUCUUCCAAAUGGUGGAAAUGCAUUAGUCAUUAAAAACUCCAAAGAUAACAACAACCAGAAACUGCUUCCCCCUUCACCGCCUCCACCACCUCCGAUCCUCACUCCAACUAUUACCCAGCACCAUCAAUCUAAACGAUCUAUUCGUCUCAAAUCAAAGGCUCUUAUUAUUGUUUCUGCUUUCCUACUUACUGUGAUACUCCUCCAGAUUGUUAUUAUCGGCCUUAUUAUCAAUUAUCAUUAUGUACAGAAUGCAAAUAGUGGAUCUUCCCUUAUUGCGCGAGCAAAGGCCGGUAAAGCUCCGAGUGAAUUAGAGGUUCGUGGACAGAUACUACAACUUGCUGAUCUACUGAGUUGGGGUGCGAAGUGCAAUCGAGUGCUUCAUGAUCUCGUUGUCAGUUGCUAUGGGGCUCCGGACUACCUUGCAAGUGGGGGAAAGGUUCCCACAAAGCCAAGAGGUUUUCCCUACAAUAAAAGCCUCCCACGAAACUGGAAGCCACCCCCUCGACCGGGACACAAGACUCGAAAACCUCGACCACUGAAGCCUCUUUACGCAGAUGGGAAAACAAAUCAAACUCAGAGGGAACUCAUAGAGGAGGUGAUCAAUUCACAGGUUCCGCAGGUUGCGCCGAAUUCGACAGUAAUUGAAACAUGA